UUUGCUCAUAAUGUGGCUCUUUCCUCAGAUCCUGCUCUAAAGGACCUAUCAUUGACUGGCCUGAUCUCACAAUUCAGAUGCAGCCAACAGAGAUUGUAGAUUUGCUCCUGAAGUAGGAGACUCUCUGCUUCUCAAUAUGGCUCAGACCAGCUCAUGCUUGAUGCUGAUCACAUGCCUGAUGUUCCUGUCUCUGAGCCAAGGUCAGGAUUAUGAGGAACACCACCCCAUUCACCAUAUCAGCUGCCCAGAAGGCACCCAUUCAUAUGGCUCCCACUGCUACUACUUUUAUGAAGACCGUUUGACCUGGAUUGAAGCAGAUCUCUUCUGUCAGAACACACAUGCAGGCCACCUGGUAUCUGUGCUCACCCAGUCCGAGGGCAACUUCGUGGCCUCAAUGAUUAAGGAGAGUGGUACUACAGACUCCAGUGUGUGGAUUGGCCUCCAUGACCCCAAAAAGAUCCACCUUUGGCACUGGAGCAGUGGGUCCCUGUAUACCUACAAAGCCUGGGCCCCUGGAUCCCCAAACAUUGCUAACCGUGGCUACUGUGUAAGCUUGACUGCAAAAUCAGGAUUCAAGCUAUGGAAGGAUACCAAUUGUGAGGCUCAUAUGUCCUUUGUUUGCAAGUUUAACAGCUAAAGUUCCUGAAAUUACCAUAAAGUCAAAAAUUAAACAAGACCCAUCCAAACAAUAUCCCCUGUUCCCUGCUGAAUUUGUUCCCCUCACCUUCAGUACCUUUCCCUACCCCAGUCUGUGAAUCCCUGCAAGAAUAAAAAUAUGUUUCUUCCCAU